AAAAAACAGACAAGCAAAACUGAGCAAGCAAAAACAUUAAUCAAUUCUGUAUGGUCGAUCUCUGUGUGUGUGUGUGUGUGUAUCGUGGAAUCUUUUGUAAAAGUUUUAUUUGUUUGUUUUUCGUCUGUAUUUGAACAUUAAGCACAUCAUUGAAACAUCCAUUGUCAUCAUCAUCAUCAUCAUUAUUUCCAGUUCAUCAUUCAAACAGUACUUAACGAACUUAUUAUUGAAAAAAAUGGAACAUUUAUUGGAAAGAAAAAUAACAAAAAUAUGUUGUAUUGGUGCUGGUUAUGUUGGUGGACCAACAUGUGCUGUAUUAGCUAAAAUGUGUCCAAAAAUUAAAGUCUGUGUUGUUGAUUCAAAUCCAAAACGUAUUGAACUUUGGAAUUCAAAUCAAUUACCAAUUUAUGAGCCUGGACUUGAUGAUAUUGUUAAAAAAUGUCGUAAUGAAAAUCUAUUUUUUUCCAAUCAAGUGGAAAAAGAAAUUUCCGAUGCUGAAUUAAUAUUUAUUUCGGUUAAUACACCGACAAAAAAUUUUGGUUUUGGUAAAGGAAAAGCAGCCGAUUUGAAAAAUUUAGAAAAUGUAUCACGUUUAAUUGCACGUUCGGCUAAUGAUAGUAAAAUUAUUGUUGAAAAAAGUACCGUUCCAGUACGUGCAGCCGAAAGUAUUAAUCGUAUUUUGGGUGCAAAUAAAAAACCCGGUAUACAUUUUGAAGUAUUAUCUAAUCCAGAAUUUUUAGCCGAAGGUACAGCAAUUAAUGAUCUAAUUAAUCCGGAUCGUAUAUUGAUCGGUGGUAAUGAAACUUAUCAUGCACAAAUUGCUAUUGAAAAAUUAUGUGAAAUUUAUCGUAAUUGGAUACCGGAAGAGAAAAUUAUCCGUACAAAUACAUGGUCAUCAGAAUUAUCAAAAUUAGCUGCAAAUGCAUUUCUAGCACAACGUAUUUCAUCGAUAAAUGCUAUUUCAGCAUUAUGUGAAGCAACCGGUGCUGAUGUUAAUGAAGUUGCUAAUGCUAUUGGUUCGGAUUCAAGAAUCGGACCAAAAUAUCUUCAAGCUAGUAUUGGUUUUGGUGGUAGUUGUUUUCAAAAAGAUGUACUUAAUCUUGUUUAUCUUUGUGAAUAUCUUAAACUACCUGAAGUAGCUGAUUAUUGGCAUCAGAUUAUCGCUAUGAAUGAUUAUCAAAAACGUCGUUUUGCAUUACGUAUAACUGAAUGUAUGUUUAAUACAAUAACAGGUAAACGUAUUGCAAUAUUAGGUUUUGCAUUUAAAGCUAAUACUGGUGAUACACGUGAAUCACCAGCAAAAUUAGUUUGUCAACAUUUAUUGGAAGAAGGUGCACAAUUAGCUAUUUAUGAUCCAAAAGUAUUAAAAGAACAAAUCUAUGCUGAUUUAAAUUUAACCGAUCUAAAUAUAAUGGAUAAUAAUAAUAAAUGUUUAGAAGAUUAUGUACAGGUUGUUGAAUCACCAUAUCAAGCAUCAACUGAUGCACAUGCUAUUGUUAUCUGUACUGAAUGGAAUGAAUUUAAGGAAUUAAAUUAUGAAAAAAUGUAUUCAUUAAUGAUGAAACCGGCAUUUAUAUUUGAUGGACGUAAUAUGAUUAAUAUUAAACAAUUAGAAAUGAUUGGUUUUCAUGUGGAAAAAAUUGGCCGUCAAUUUAAUCAUAGAAAAAUUGGUUCAAAAGAUAAAUGAUAAUAAUUUCAAAAUGCAAAAUCAACGAAAAAACAACAAAAAAAAACAGAAAA